CUAAAGAAAAAAUGGGGUGUGUCCAUUGGGCCAUAUUUUUUCCUCGGUAACACGGGUAGGGUUGACCCAUGGAAGCGGCCGGCGCCUCCGACGAGACCUCUCCGUUUCCCUCCUCCACCACCUCCUCCUCUAUCUCUCACCCUACACAGUAUCCGACUAUCGAUCCCACUACCUUUGACCUCAUCGUCUGUGGCACCGGUCUACCUGAAUCCCUCAUUUCCGCCGCUGCCGCUGCAGCCGCCAAAUCAGUGCUCCACCUCGACCCCAACCCCUUCUAUGGAUCACACUUCUCCUCUCUAUCGCCCUCUUCCUUAGUCUCCUUCCUCAACUCCUCUGACGACCACCCUUCCACUGCUCCACACGCCGUCGAAGACUCCGAUGACCAUGCCUCCUUCUAUCUCCGCCGACGCCCCGUCUAUUCCCAAGUUGAAACAUCUGGAUCCUUCCCAGAAUCUUCCCAUGGAUUCCUCUUGGAUCUCGUUGGACCCCGGGUGAUAUACUGCGCUGACUCCAUGGUGGAUCUGCUAACACGCUCUGGUGCUAGUAACCACGUUGAGUUCAAGAGCGUCGACGCGACCCUUAUGUACUGGGAAGGAAAACUUUGCCUCGUUCCGGACUCGAGGGAGGCCAUCUUUCGAGAUCGCACACUGAGCCUGGGGGAGAAGAGUCAGAUGACCAAGUUCUUGAGGCUGAUCCAAGGGCACAUUGCAUCUGAACCAAGUGUCGAGGAAGUAAAAGAGGGAAUUCUUAGAAUCCCAGCAGAGGACUUGGAGAGGCCGUUUACUGAUUUCCUACAGAACAAACGCCUCCCUCCUAAGAUCAAAGCGAUGAUUCUAUAUGCAAUUAUCCUAGCCAACUAUGAUCAAGAGGAUGCAGAAUCGCUUAAUAAUUUGAUACUGACAAAAGAUGGAAUUGAGAGUUUGGCUCUUUACACUAAUUCUGUUUCUAGGUUUUCUAAUGCAGUUGGUGCAUUCAUCUAUCCUAUGUAUGGGCAUGGAGAACUACCUCAAGCUUUCUGUCGUUGUGCAGCUGUUAAAGGCGCUCUUUAUGUCUUGCGCAUGCCAGUGAGUGCAAUUAUUGUUGAUAAGGAAACAGGUGGGUGUAAAGGUAUUAAAUUGGCAUCUGGUCAGGACAUAUUCAGUCAGCAGGUGGUUUUGGAUUCAUCAUUUGAAGUUCCAUCAUCAAUGUUGCCGUCAAAUAUUGUGGAUAAAAAGUUGAAUUCCUAUAGCUCUUAUAAAGUUGCUAGAGGAGUUUGCAUCACUACUAGCUCUAUACUACCAGAUUCUUCAAAUGUUCUGGUGAUUUUCCCCCCAAAGUCAUUGUAUCCUGAGCAGUUAACAACAGUUCAAGUGCUUCAGCUGAGCAAAAACGUAGCAAAUUGUCCACCAGGAUGGUUUGUGGUGCAUCUUUCUACGCCAUGUAAUGAUGCUAUUUUGGGGAAGGAAUAUAUAAAAGCUGCUAUCAAUGCUUUAUUCCUUGUUACAGAUGAUGACGGGCUUGAAAUAAGUAAUUCAUCUCCAAAUGGAAGCCACAUAGAAGAACAGAAACCAGCUCUAAGAUGGUGCAUAAUCUAUGUUCAAGAGCAAAAACAGGCUUCAUUUGGCUCUUUAUGUUCAUGCCCUAUGCCUGAUGAGAGUCUUGACUACAAAUUCAUAUUGGAGGCAACCAAAAAGUUAUUUACAACCAUGUAUCCUGAGGAUGAUUUUUUCCCAGCUUCAAAGGCAUCAGAUGACAGUGUAGAAGAAAACCCAGAAGAGAUUGAAAGUUAAGCGUAAUUUUAUUUGCUUUUCUUUGUGGUUUGUACUUGUUGGAUAUGAUACAUAUGACUCCCACAAUCAUGGUGCAAUGGCUGCUUCAUGAGCUGCAAGUGCUGGAGCUGCUAUAUGAUUGGGCUUGCGCACCAACUUUCAGACGAGACGACGCUGUCAACGGAUUGAGUUAUUUGUUUCGACAAUUGAGUUAAGAUGCUGUGAACAUCAGCAUGAAACAUGUAAAGCGUGUCAUCCGCUGCUACUGGCAUGCCAUUUCUUACUGAAUUAAGAGUCGAUGAAAUUUUUAUAACUAAAAUAUCAUUUGGAUCUGAAAAUAAUAUAACGAUCAAUUGAAUAGUUUAAGAUGCGAACUUUCUGAUAA